AUGGAGACGCCGGCGGUGUCGCGGCAUCAGAAGCUCGUAACGGACGUUCUUUCGUGGGUGUUCAAUGUCGUUACAUCUGUCGGUAUCAUCGUGGUCAACAAGUACCUGAUGACACAUUACAAUUUCCAGUUCGCCGCCACGCUCACCGGCCUCCACUUCAUCAUGACGUCGCUGAUGACGUCAGCGUUGCGUCUGAGCGGGUACCUGGAACCUUCGCAGCUGCCCCUGAUGGAGCAGGUCAAGUUCGCGCUGACUGCCAACGUGUCCAUUGUGGGAAUGAACGUCAGCCUGAUGUGGAACAGCGUGGGAUUCUAUCAGAUCGCCAAGCUGGGCAUGAUCCCGGUCUCCUGUGUGUUAGAGGUCUUCUUUGAUCGCAUGCGCUACUCCCAGGGCUCACGCCUCUCUGUGCUGCUGGUGCUCAUAGGCGUGGCCACGUGCACCAUCGCUGACAGCAGUCUGAGCGCCAGGGGCAUGGUGGCAGCUGCCGUGGCUGUCUGCUCCACUGCUCUGCAGCAAUACUACGUGCAAUACCUGCAGAAGAAGUACCGUCUGGGCUCCUUCGACCUGCUCUCACACACAGCACCCGUGCAAGCCGGCUCGCUCGUUCUGCUGGGCCCUCUUAUUGACUGGCUGCUGUCAGGUGCCCGGGUCGACAGUUAUGACUUCAGUGUUCCCUCUGUGCUGUGCAUCGGCCUGUCAUGCCUGAUAGCCGUGGCGGUCAACGCAAGUCAGUUCAUCUGCAUCGGUCGCUUCACAGCCCUCACCUUCCAGGGCCUGGGCCACAUGAAGACCCUUUCGGUGCUCGUGCUUGGAUACGCGCUCUUUGGAUUGGAUGGCCUGAACGCACCGGUCCUGAUGGGGAUGCUACUUUCGAUCAUGGGAAUGGUGUGGUACGGCAAUGCAUCGUCAAGACCAGGAGGCAAAGAGAAGGUGCCAGUGGCACCUACUCUCCCAACCACCACCGAUGCGGAGGAAAGUGCGCCUCUAAAAAGAGCAUUUGCUGACUUCUCACAGCUUCAGUCUUCUCUCCCACCAGCAACUCAGCCUGCUCCAUCCAACCCACCCUCAAGCACCAACGCCCCUGCAGCAGCAGGAUGGGCCACUUUCUGA